AUGGGAAAGACAAAUCCAUUUGAGAGCUCUUACUUACAAGUCAUAACUUUUGAAAAAAAACUGGAAAAAUCCUAUUCCUUAUUUUGCUAGACUAUUAACUUAAAAUUAUAAAUACUAAGCAUGAUGAAGCAAAAGCAUAUUGUUGCUACAAAGUUAAUUUCAAAAAUUGAAACUAUGCAAAGUUAAAUAACUUAAUUGAAGGAGAAUUUAAAUUAUUUAAUUUAAUUAAAUGAUGAUAGCUUAGAUCUUUUAAAUUUACAAGCCCUAUUUCUGGAAAAUUUGAGUUUUUCAGAAAAAGAUAUAAACUUACUACAAGUCAAUAAAUACAAAAAAAAAAACAAUAACUUAAAAUAUUUAAACAGGCAAAAUGAAAAUGGCGUAUUAAGUAGUAUGAUUAACAGUGAUAAAUUUGAUGAAAAAACUUGUAUAAUUUUUGCAAGUUACAAAGAUACUGAAACCUUAACAAUAAAUCAAGUUUCUUCUAAUUUUUCUAAUUUAUUUUGCUUUACAAGUAGAGACCAUAUCUAUGAUAAAAAUAUAGAAUCUAUUAUACCUCUUGCCUUUCAUAGUGUACAUAAAUUUUAUAUAAAACAAUAUUUAGAAGAUUCUAUAACCUGUGAUAUUUAUUCAAAUGAUACAAAUCAGCAAUAAGAAUAAAAUGAAUAAGAUAAUGAAAAUGACGAUAAUUUACUAACUCCAAUUAAUUAGCGAUAAGGUUACUAAUUUAAUUAAUCCAAAUACUUAUCAGAGAAUUAAACUGGAAUGAAAAAUAAAAACUAUUAAUUAUAAAACUGUAAAAUGAAUUAAUAGAUAAUAUUUGCAUCUCUAAACUAAAUGUUUAUUUUACCUAUUAAAAUAGAUAUUAAAACAAAUGAAUACAAAGAAAAUGGAACAUUUGGAUUGGUAGCUAAAAUAAAACAAAUAAAUGAAGAAUACUAAUAUAUUCUAUUCAAUGAAACAGAUCUAAGUGUUAUUGGUCUCACUCAAUAAAUGCAUGAAAUAUUCUUUCCUAAUUGUAAUAGUCUCUAAAAAAUUAAUAUGAGAUCAAUUUUCCCCUUUUUAAUUGGUACUUAAAAUAAAACAAAAAUUGAAGAUUCACAUAUUUAAAAUAACGAAAUGAUUUGCAAUACUACUAAUACAAAAAAAUAGUUUCAUGUGAAUUUAACAGAUGAUAUGUAGUAUAUCCUUAGAGGAUAGUUAAAAAAUAAAUUAAAAAUUAAAAACAAAUUCUCAUUUAUAAUUAUAUAGUAAGCAGAUGUAACAAACAACGCUCUAAACACUACUUAUAGAAGUGUAAAUAGAUUAAAUAAAUCCAAACCAUAAUAAGAAAUUUCAUCAUAUAGUUUUAAUUAUGUAGAACUAUCUGUUCGAAAAAUAAAGUAUCAUAGAGUAAAUAAUAUAAGUUAUGUUGAAAUAGUAAAAAUAAAAUAGCUUAAUCCAGCUAGUUAAGCUCAAAUAAUCCUUCAAGAAAUAACAAACAUAAAAAAAUAAUAUAUUUAUUCUUAAUUUUUUGAGCAUCCAAGCUAGCUUUAAAAUAUAAUCUCAGAUUUAGAAUUAAAUCAAAAUGUUAAUAGCAACUUAUAAUUUAAUAGCUUUUACUCUUAGCUUCAAUAUAGCUGUAGAGAUUUUAAUUAAGGAAACUAGUUACUUCAAAUAAAAGAAAAUGAUACUCCUAUUGAUUUUUAUAAAUAAUAAUAACUACUAAAAACUUUAGGUGAUGAAAGUACUAAUCUUGAAUAAAUUAAAUUAGUGUCAAAUAGAAUAGAAAAUGAUGAUUUUAAUUGUUAAUCAGAUGAAACUAGUAGGUUUACCUUGAACUAAUUCAGAGAAUAAAAAGCAUUAUAAAACUUGAAUGAAAAAUUACAACUUAAUUAGCUGUAAUAGAUAUAGAGUAAUAUUGCUUAAGAACAAACAUUUAUUUAGUCAUUUUAGGAAAACUAAAUAAGCAACAGCGAUUUAUAAAUUAAAGAAGAUUUUGCUAAUAAAAAUAAUCAUUAAAACCCUAUAGAAGUUUAACUAAACAAAAGCAACACUAGUGCCUUACCUAGUCAUUAAAAAUCAAAUAAAAUAAUAAACAUAGAAUUAACAUCUCCAAAUAAUAGCUUCAAUAUGAAUAUUAAUUCUAAUCAGCAAUCCUUAGCUCAUCUAUCAGAUUAGAAUUUAGAUGUUUAAUAAGUAAAAUCUCAUGAAUUUAUUUCAAAUAAAAUUAAAGAAAAUAUUUAUUUAGAUAUAGAAGCCAGUAAUGAUGAAAUUAGUAAAAAAUACAAUAAUACAAUCAAUCCUUUAAAAAUUAGUAAAAAUCCAAACAAAAUUAUUAAGUCAAAUAGCUUCAGAAAAAGUUAAAUUACCAAUACAUUAAAUGAUGCUCUAAAUGAUAGAGAGAAAAAAAAAUUAAUGAAAAACUCUUAUUAGCAUAAUAAUAUUAAUUAUAUAUAAAAAGAAAAGAAAAAGGAGCAAGUUCAAGAUAUCAUUUACGAUAUUGCUUCUAGCACCUCUCAAAAUUCAUAUUAUACUCCAGUCAAGAGAUAGCUAACACAAAUUAUGGAAGAUUCAUCAAUCCUAAAAGUUAUAAAACUAAUAAAAAUUAUUGGAGUUAUUUGUUUCGCUGUCAUGGUAGGAAUCACUUGGUUACAAUUCAACUCGAUGUAUCAGUAUAUGUCAUCAGCAAAUUAAGAUUACGAAGAUUUUGGCUGGCCUACAACUUAUUCUUCUUCUCUAAGUGAUAUCCUUAAAAAUAAAAAUAUUUAAUUUCUUACUAAUUAUACAAGAAUGAAUUUUACAGAUAUUCACUAAAAGUAACUUUUUUAUGAUCAAAUACAAUAAAAUAUGGAGAAUACUUUCUCAGAUGUAUUAAGAUUGUUAGCUUUAUUGGAAACUGCUAGCACAAAUAGAGAAGUAUUUAAUAGAGUAAUAGGGAAUAAAAUGAAUUUUUACUUUGGAAAAUUGUAUAACACAUAAUUGCUUAACUCAACUACAUCUAAUAGUAUUGAUUUAGUAUUUUAAAAUUAUAGCAGUACCUUGCAAUAUAGCAUAACUUUAAGUGUUUAAAAUAUCUUCCGUUAUAUCAAUAACCUGGGUAAUGGAAGGCCUGAGUUUUACUUAAUAUAAAAUUAAUUAGAGGCAAUUUCUAAAUUAGAAUAUUUACAAUAGUAAAUAAAAGAAGACCAAUCAGAAAAAUAGGAAUAUAUUCAAGAUGAACUAUAUAUCAUAAUCAUGAUUUUAGUUUUAAUUAACACAUUUUGUGUUAUGAUAAUAAUUCCAUUAUAUUUUUACAUUUAAAAAGAAAGAGAUUCUAUAAUUUACCUAUUUACUACAUUUCCAAUUUAAAAGUUAGAUAAUUUGAUCAAAAAAAUAUAAGAUUCCUACUUUAGCAUAAACACUAGCUCGAUUUAUUAGAAUUAAAACAACUAAAUAAUUUCUGAUACACUUUUAUAAUUAGAAGGCAUUGAUAAUUCUGCUCUAGAUCUUUAAACACUAUCGAAAGUCUACUAGCUAAGAUCAUAUCUAUUGUAGAAUAUUGCAAUGCAUUUUAAUGUUUUAUUAAUGAAGGCAAGACCAAGAUUCAAGCCUAUGAAACCUGAAAUUUAUUAUGAUUAUUUAUAAACACUAAUUGAAUAGUAGGAAGAUAUAAGUAAGGAUAUCUAAUGGAUAAUAAAUACAUAGUAUUCAGAUUAAAGAUUUAAUUAAGACUUGUACGAUAACUUCUUUUUUUCUGCUUUUAAAACAAAUUUGUGUGAAGAUUUUAAGAACUAUCCUUAAUUCAAUACUAAUCCUAAAAAAGUAAAUGUUGAUUUAUGCACUUCACCACAAUAAAAGUUCUUAUAAUAAGGUUUCUCAGUUGCUUAUAAAAGUCUUUUUAGUAUGUUUACUGAACUAUACAACAUAUAUAUAAUACCAGAUGAUAAAGUAUCAAGAUAAUAAGUACUAUAAGUAUUAAAAAAUCUUGAUAUUUAGGAAUACACGGCUUUUACUGAUUAGAAUUAUAAUUGA